AUGACGCAAUCUGGUCCCGCACCUUCGGUCGGUGUUGACUUUUCGCCACGCGAACACCCAACUGGCCCCGAUUCCACUACAGACGCGAUUGAAGGUACCUCGGUGAGCGGAGGUCCGAUCAGCCCUGCUUUGGGACUCGAUGCUGUUGUGGACCUCGCUUCAAGUAAGGAACUGAUCGGCUCCACGUUGACGCCUAUUGUCCUUGACAGUUCCGCUGCAAGUGACGAACCGAUUGGGGUCGUAGAAUCUGCUGCAACCACUGAUCCGAUGAGCUCCGCGUUGACGCUUGAUGUCGUCGACAAUUUUGCUGCAAGUGGCGACCCUAUUGGGGCUAUUCCGUUGCCGACCACUCGAGUUGAAACACCAAUAGUUGAUGAAGCGACCGCGGUUAGUAUGAUCGCUGGACUUUACCAGCGGAUCGCAUCCCAGCAGGAUCUUGUGGAUAGCUAUCGCAAUCUGGAGCAAGCGUUGCAAGAGCAAACUCGGAGGGUUUUUUUUUACUAG